CACUAUGGUUGUUAUGGGCACAAUGCUUCUUUUCCACGUAGUUAGUUUAACUUUAUAACUUGCAUCAUGAACACCCACUCGUUGGUUUGAUCCAUGAGGACGACGUUAAAGCCAUCGCUAUUAUCGACGUCGAUGGACUUUGAAAACACGGACUUUAAUUCCAACAUGAGGAUUGCUGUGAUUGGCCAGAGCCUUUUUGGUCAGGAGGUCUACAAGGAGCUGAGGAAGGAUGGCCACACAAUCGUCGGCGUCUUCACAAUCCCGGACAAGGACGGCAAGGCCGACCCACUGGCCGUCGAGGCAGAGCGGGACAACGUGGCGGUCUUCAAGUUUCCCCGCUGGCGCCUGAAGGGCCAGGCGCUGCCUGAGGUGGUGGCCCAGUACAAGGCCACGGGCGCCGAGCUCAACGUGCUGCCCUUCUGCUCCCAGUUCAUCCCCAUGGAGGUUAUCGACCACCCCCAGCACGGCUCCAUCAUCUACCACCCCUCGCUGCUGCCACGCCACCGGGGGGCCUCCGCCAUCAACUGGACCCUGAUCCAUGGGGACAAGAAGGGAGGGUUCACCGUGUUCUGGGCUGACGAUGGACUGGACACCGGACCAAUCCUGCUCCAGAGGGAGUGUGAUGUAGAGGCCAACGACACCGUCAGCACCAUCUACAAGAGGUUCCUGUUCCCUGAGGGGGUGAAGGGCACUGUGGAUGCGGUCCGUCUGAUAGCGGAAGGGAAGGCUCCGAGGAUCACCCAGCCCACAGAGGGCGCCACCUACGAGUGCAUCCAAAAGAAGGACAACUCGCAGAUCGACUGGAACCAGCCGGCUGAGGCGGUCCAUAACUGGAUCAGAGGAAAUGACAAGGUCCCUGGGGCCUGGGCCACGGUGGACGGACAGAGAGUAACGUUCUUCGGUUCCUCUCUGGUGGCCAGCGGUGCGUUGCCCAAGGGACAGCCUCUGGAGAUAGAGGGGGCCAGUCGCCCGGGCAUCGUCACCAAGGCAGGCCUGAUGCUCUUUGGCAACGAUGGGAAGGCUCUGCUGGUGAAGAACCUUCAGAUGGCGGAGGGGAAGAUGAUCCCGGCGGGGCAGUACUUCAGCUCAGGGAGCAGCGCUGCUGUGGAGCUCACUGUGGAGGAGCGGGCCUUCGCGCUGCAGAUGAGGGCUGUGUGGCAGAGCAUCCUGACCAACGUGGCUGAGAUCCAGGACUCCACGGACUUCUUCAAGUCCGGGGCGGCGUCCAUGGAUGUUGUCAGGCUGGUGGAGGAGGUGAAGCUCCGUGCAGCGGGCUGCCAUCUGCAGAACGAGGACGUCUACAUGAACACCUCCUUCCAGGAGUUCAUCCAGAUGUGUGUGAGGAAGCUGCGGGGGGAGGACGGAGAGGAGGAGCUUCAGGUGGACUACGUGGAGAAAGAGGUGAACAACAUGACGGUCAGGAUGCCCCACCAGCUCUUCAUCAACGGAGAGUUUGUGGAUGCCGAGGGAGGAAAGACCUACAAAACCAUCAACCCAACCGACGGCACGGCCAUCUGCGAGGUGUCUCUGGCCCAGGUGGGGGAUGUGGACCGGGCCGUGGCGGCCGCCAAGGAGGCCUUCGAGGAGGGGGAAUGGGGCCGGAUGAACCCCCGGGACCGAGGCAGGCUUCUCUACAGGCUGGCGGACCUGAUGGAGCAGCACCAGGAGGAGCUGGCCACCAUAGAGACCAUGGACUCCGGGGCCGUCUACACGCUGGCCCUCAAGACCCACGUGGGCAUGUCCAUCCAGACCUUCCGCUACUUCGCCGGCUGGUGCGACAAGAUACAUGGCAGUACCAUCCCCAUCAACCAGGCCCGACCCAAUCGGAACCUCACCUUCACCAAGAAGGAGCCAAUAGGCGUGUGCGGCAUCGUGAUCCCCUGGAACUAUCCUCUCAUGAUGCUGGCCUGGAAGACCGCGGCCUGCCUGGCGGCAGGGAACACCGUGGUCCUCAAACCAGCUCAGGUCACGCCCCUGACUGCCGUCAAGUUUGCGGAGUUAGCCGCCAGGGCGGGAAUACCCAAAGGAGUGAUCAAUAUCCUGCCUGGAUCAGGGUCUGUGGUGGGACAGCGUCUCUCGGACCACCCGGACGUACGCAAGCUGGGCUUCACUGGCUCCACAGAGAUAGGAAAACACAUCAUGAAGAGCUGUGCGGUAAGCAACGUGAAGAAGGUGUCUCUGGAGCUGGGAGGGAAGUCCCCCCUCAUCAUCUUCAGUGACUGUGACAUGGACAAGGCCGUGCGCUCGGGCAUGAGCUCAGUGUUCUUCAACAAGGGAGAGAACUGCAUCGCCGCCGGCAGACUCUUCGUGGAAGAUACCAUUCACGAUGCCUUUGUGGCCAGAGUGCUGGAGGAGAUGAAGAAGAUGAAGGUGGGCGACCCGAUGGACCGCUCCACGGACCACGGCCCCCAGAACCACCGGGCCCACCUGGAAAAGCUGCUGGAGUUCUGUCGCACCGGCGUGAAGGAGGGGGCCAGCCUGCUGCGGGGGGGCCAGCAGGUGGACCGCCCGGGUUUCUUCUUCGAGCCCACACUGUUCACGGACGUCCAGGACCACAUGUACAUUGCUGUGGAGGAGUCCUUUGGCCCCGUCAUGAUCGUCUCCUCCUUCAAGGGCGGGGACGUGGAUGAGGUUCUGCGGCGGGCGAACGCCACAGAGUACGGCCUGGCAUCGGGCGUGUUCACGCGGGAUAUCAGCAAGGCGCUGUACGUCAGCGAGAAGCUCAACGCCGGCACCGUCUUCGUCAACACCUACAACAAGACGGACGUGGCCGCGCCCUUCGGGGGCUUCAAGCAGUCGGGCUUCGGCAAGGACCUCGGACAAGAUGCUCUGAACGAGUACCUGAAGACCAAGGCGGUCACCAUCGAGUAUUGAGACGACGUCGAGGGCUCUGAAGACAUAAUUCAUAGAAUAGUUUCAUAAUGAUGUGGACACUGAUCUUAUUAUAGGGCAAAACACAGUUAUUAUUAAUGGAGUCUUAUAUUCCUCGUGACUAAUGGCCAUUGCUCAUGAGUGACAUGAGUAGGUGAACCAGCCACACACUCGGUCCACUAUGAGCACAUCUCAACACACACUUCCUCCUGGGCUGCUUUGUAAUCACUGUGACUGUCUUACAAGAGACGGAUUCAAUCCCAUGCGUUUUUCACGUAAUGUCUAUGGCUUACAUUAGGUCAGAACAUCUUAUGAAAUGCAGCAUCUCUCACAAACCUUUUAUACUCAAUGUUCCCACACUUGGUUUUCUCUGUUUGCUGAAAAAUAUACAAAUAAAUCACUUUAAUUCUAAC